UCAGAAACCAAUAUUGGAUUCCUACUUUCAGUUAUUAUCUCCGAUUCUUGUAGGAUCAAGAUAAAAAGUUAUUUUGUAAUUGGAACACAUAACUAACCUACAAAGCCUUAGACUCAAAAUCCAAGAAACAAUGCGUUCUUGAUUUCAGUUUCACAAAGAUUGAAUAUUCAGAAUACUUGUGCAUUGAGCAAUUUCAGGUCGAAGUUUAAAUGAUUUAAAGCUAAGUCGUGUUGUCCAAGAUAUUUUGGUUAUGAAUACCCCUGAAUUAACAUGCAGGCAAAAUUUACACGUUAAAGAACGGCCGUUAAGUUAAAGCUGACAAAUAUUUUUUCUGGAAAUGUGUAUUGGUUGGCUGAAAAUGAAGUCAUUAUGCUGGAACUAAAAUUACCAGAAGUAUUGCACUAAUUGUCGACCUGUUGUGCAUGUACUAGCAAUUUGUUGACUUUAAAUGCAUUUUUUCUGAUCAUUUGAGGUGUCUGAAAGGGAUUCGAGCAAUGUUAUAUAUAUAUAUAUAUAUAUAUAUAUAUAUAAUUGUUUCUAGGUGAAAUUUCACUUCGGGAGAUGACGGGGCUCACAUCUUUCGUUUUAUAGGGUAAAAGUUUCAAACCGAGUAUGCUACCUACUUUUUCAAUGAUGUGAUAUAUACGGUACUAACUAGUGUACAGUUUUUAUCUCAUGAGUAGAUUCAGAAGCAAACAUACACAUUAGAACGACUAGAAACUGGUCUUAUCGGCUGAUUCAAGCAUUUGCGGUUGACUUAUGGUUUUCUAUUGUUUCUGAAACGCUCACCAACCAGUGGUAUGUUAUUAAGUUAGACUGAAUUCAUCGUUUAGUUAUAAAAAUGUUCAGUCUAACGCACGUACUAUUCCAAACUAUCAUACGGCGAAGAAAGUUGGCCAAACGAAAGCAAAGAAGUCCAAGUGCUCAUAUUUGUCAUAAUGGGAUCUGAAGGGGUGGGGUCAACGAACCUCAUUAAUACUUCUAAAGUAUCUAGAAUCAAAUAUUAGAAGUUGACUCAUAUCUACUCCCCUAAACCAUGUUUCACAACUUCAGAGCAAUACAGAACGCACUGCUGUGCUUUGUAUUGGCCCGAUAAGUAAGAGGCGAAUCUCACCUGCAUAAAUGGACCAAAGACGAGAGAGUAUUUUAUCCACUUCUUUCAGGUUAUCAUUAAUUGUCCGUAGUUUUUGGUUUAGCGGGAACUACUAUAACGAAUUUGUAUCGUUUGUGUUUUUUAUUCAUAACGGAACUAAGUAUUUUGUAGGAAUUAAAUCUCUUUGAAGAUGCUUAUUAUGUGGGUGCGUCACCUGGUAUUUUUUAGAAAUGACACUAAAUAAUCAUUCCAUUUGUUAUACGAUGCGAUUCAGUCAAUGCAUUCGAAAGUUGCAUUUGGUUGUGCUGAAUAUUACAACUGUUGGAAUUUAGCAUGUUUAUCACAUCUUCAAAUGUAUAGAUGAUCGUUUCAGUAUAACCUUAUCGAAUAACAGUUUAUUUUGGACCGGGACACAUCAGUAUUGUGUAGUCGUUGCCCCUUGAUUUCGCGAAGAUCGAUACAUAUUGACGCAGCAACGACAUACAUUCUGGCAAUAAAAGUUUGAUUUGUCCCACGUAUUACGUAACUCUGUAGGCUAAAGUGUUUCUUACCCGAUCUAGGUCAAUGAGUAGAAAGAUUGGUUGAAAAUACUUAUACUCUACAUAAAAUAAUUAACCUUUGUCGAGCUAUGGUACGACAAGUGGUGUAAUUUGGCCUCCAAAUUUGAGCCAAGUUCUGGAUUUUUAUUACCGUCACACCAGUUUGUCGACUGUAAUUUGACCUGCAAGAGUAAUCCUCGUAAUUGAUUCUUGAAUGUGUUGUUUCUGGUUCCACAUCAAGAUAACUUUGAAAACCAAAUGAAGAUAGCCAGAUAUCGUUUUCAUUAGCAGCAAAAAUAUGUUGUACGAGAUAGACAGCUUCGUAAAAGUAGAAAUUUCCGCGUAUAUUUAGGCGAAAAUUAGACAAUUCAGCGACAUGAGGGAGAGAGCCGCAAAAAUGGGGAAAUCCCCAUUAUUUCGCACGGAGAUGCGAAAAAGCAGACAUUUUGGCGCGUUUCGCCUUUGUUACUUCAUUGUGGUAUAUAUAAUACUUUGCAGUAUUUAAUAAGUAAAAUAACGUUUAAGGUGAUAUUUAUUACUACAACAGUUUGCGUUUUUGUUGUAAUAAUUCAUUAGUAAUAGUCAUUUGUUUCUUGCAUAUUUCAUGCCUGGUAUUUGAAUCUUGAUAAUUUGGUAUGAUUUGACUAGUACAUGAGCACUGGUAUUCAGUUGCUGGUCAUAGUAUUUGGAUGAAUGUUCGCCUGAACUGAUCUGACGAAUGAAGUGUACAACGUUUCUACAUAAAUUAAGUCGAUACCGACGUUAUAAGUAGAAAAUAGUAAUGAUUGAUGAGGUCGUGAUGUAUUUCUUUUUUCAGUUUCUAAUAAUGUAUCACAUACAAUUUUCCCUAGCAUAACCCUCUGAUCUCCUGUAGGAUGUUGAAACGCCGAAAUCUGUUCAAUUGGUUCAGUUCAAACCUCAAUUGUGUUACAUAUGUAAAUUCAAUCCAUUCAGUUGUCUGUGCAAUAUCGGGCGGUGUAGACAGUGCUGUAUCUGCAUAUCUUCUCAAAAAGAAAGGAUUUCAAGUCAAAGGUGUAUUUAUGACUAACUGGGAUUCCUUGGAUGAAAAUACGGACUGUUCCUUAGACAAAGACCGUCAAGAUGCUCAGUUUGUUUGCGAUCAUUUGGGGAUACCUUUUUUCGAGAAAAAUUUUGUUAAAGAAUACUGGAAUUACGUGUUUUUACCGCUUAUCAAGUCCUAUGAGCAGGGAGCUACACCAAAUCCAGAUAUAUUGUGUAAUAGAUUUGUAAAAUUCAAUUUGCUAACAAGGGCAGUGUUAAAAAGCAAGAACCAAUGCGCUGAUGAUGACGGUCAAGCAUCUUCAAAUUUGGCUGCAGAUGCGAUUGCCACUGGCCAUUACUGUCAGAAUUCUUUUGGAAAUUAUCUGCAAUGCCGAAAGGACAAUAUUGAAGCCAGAUUAUUACGUUCUGUUGAUAGAGUGAAAGACCAGACAUUUUGGCUAUCGACUAUUUCCCACAAAGAACUUCCAUACUGUAUGUUUCCAGUUGGAGAUCUAUUAAAAACCCAAGUGAAACAAAUCGCUCAAGAUAUUGGCCUUUCUCGUAUAUACUCCAGACGUGAAAGUAUGGGAAUGUGUUUUAUUGGUAAAAGGCGGUUCUCAGAGUUUAUUGAUAAUUAUUUGGAACCAAAGCCUGGCGUUUAUAAAGAUCUUGAAACUGAUCAAGUUUUGGAAGAGCAUACAGGUGUACAUCAUUUUACUUUGGGUCAACGAAUUCCUAUUAAACGACUUAAUGGACCUUAUUAUGUUAGUAAAAUGGAUUGUCACAAUCAAAUAAUUUAUGUAGUACGUGACCCAGCCCACCCAAGUUUGUUUAUGCGUAAGUGUUGGUGUGGUCCUGCAGUUUGGAUAAACUCUGAGCCAUUUUCAUCUAUAAACUCGAGGAAUAUUCAAUUCCAGUGGCAAAACAAAUGGCGUCCAGUUAACUGUAUUUUAAAACCUUUCAGUGACAUAUCUUUGGCGUCAGCUUACCUUAGGAAAUACAUGAAGCGAUGUCUUUCUAGCUCAGACAAUGCAACACUCGCCAGUGUAAUCGAUGCAUCCAUUGAAGAUAACAGAGAGGUUGGACCAUGUUUAUCAAUUGAAUUAGAAGUGCCAAUGCGUUGUAUUGCACCGGGACAAUGGUGUGCAUUUUAUGAUAAUGACAUAUGCUUAGGUGGAGCAAUGAUAUGCGGUUCAAUAAGUCUUUGGGAAGAAGGGCAAAACACUUCAUAUCAUGAGUGGAAUCAUGUCGACUACGAAUUGACAUAUGGUUAAAUUUAAGAACAUCUAUCCCUUUUAAAUUUGUAAAUAGUUUAGGAGACUAUGAGUCGGUCAGUUAAAGUUUUUUACAAGUUGCAACAAUAAAUGAUGCUGACUUAUUA